CAUGGAAACCCAUUACAGUUUCUGAAUUUAAAGUUUUUUGGGCCUAACCCUCAACAUGGGCAUUACUAAAAAAAAAUGUUCUCUGUUGUCAUGGCCAGACAUAGAUAUGAGAGUAUAAUGUGUUUUAUGCAUUUCAAUGACAACACACUGCCAUCCUCAGGUUGGCCUACCACUUCAUGGCUGAAUUGCUGUUGUCCCCAGUUGGUUCCAUUUUGUAAUAAUACCAUUAACAGUCCAUCGUGGAAUAUUUAGUAGCAAGGAAAUCUGACGACUGGACUUAUUGCACAGGUGGCAACCUAUCACAGUACUGCGCUUUAAUUUACUGAGCACCUGAGAGUGACCCAUUCUUUCACAAAUGUUUGUAGAAGCAGUCUGCAUGCCUAGGUGAUGAUUUUAUACACCUGUGGCCAUGGAGGUGAUUGGACACCUGAACCCAAU